AUGGAUCCAGAGGUCAAGAAGAAGCUGCAAGUCAAAACGGCAGUCGCCUUGCGACGGGCGGCGCAGGUGUGCGGCUGCGCGAUGUGCACCAUGACUGAGGCCGUUUUUCAUUACAGCUUGGUGCCCGGCGUCUUUGCCUACGGACUCUGGUACUCAGGUGAGUUCACCCUCAGUCCUGUCACGCUCUUCGUUUUGUCCUAA